AUGAGAAUAAAAAAGGGACCAAAAGGAGGAAAGAAACUACCUCUUUCCCUUGUAAUACCAAUCGUUCUUGGGAUAUGUAUGAUCUUGGAUUUAUUUCUCAUAGGGGAGGUUACCGGUACCUCUAAGGAUGAAACAAAGCCUGUAGUUCAGGAUGUUUCACCAACGAAAACAACAACGACAGCAAAUAUCUUGAACUCCAAGGCACCAAUUGUCGCACACGUCGUUUCGCUGAUAAAGUGCUCCAAGCAAGCUUCUGUUACAGGAUUUCUCGAUGCCGCUGCCGUCUUGAGACAUUCCAUUCACAAACAGUCCGUCCAUGAGGGAACCUCGAAAUACUCCUACAAAAUGUAUGCCAUUGUGCACGAGAACUGCAAGCACCAUGCACACGUCCUUGACAGACUUGGUUAUACAUCACUGGUAAAGCCAUCACCUGUACAGCUAGACGAGAUUACUCCCGGAUGGUACCGAGAUCAUGUUGAAGGAGAAAACUGCUGUGGUUCGUCAGAGUUCAUCAAGCUUCAUGCCUACACCCUCAUGGAUCAUCCAGUGACAGUUCACUGGGAUUUGGAUGUAGCGGUAUUUCAGCCAAUGGACGACUUGUUUGAUAGUAUUAUCUAUCCACACGAUUCACCCGAAGGAGUCGCCGCGAGGGCUCGAUUAGAAGUCCAGCAUCCAGAACGAACACUUCCAAGACAUAUCGAUGCCUUUAUUACACGGGAUAUUACUUCGUCGCAACCAUGGGAAAUGCACCAAGGUGUACAAGGAGGGUUCUUGGUGGCAAAACCAUCCAUGGAAAAUUUUGAAAAGUAUCUCGAGUUCAUCAGAGAAGGAAACUACGUCCGAGGUCGUGGCAAUGACAGAGGCUGGUAUGGCCUCGGAUAUGGUGGUUUCCAAGGUGCCAUGGCCUAUCAGGGUGUUGUGGCUUAUUUUUACGAUCAAAUAGCUGUAAACACAGCAGUGGAACUGGACGUAUGCGUUUGGAAUCAGGUGGUGGCAGAUGUCAUUUGGCGAGGGCCACAAAAAAUGGAUCAUGCUAAUCAAUGUAGAGAGCAUCCGAGGGAUGGCGAGACGUUUGAACAGAACACUCCCGAAAAUAAGCGGUGUCAGGACUGCAGAAUAUUUCCUGUCGACAAAACCAAGAGCGCCCAUUACACCGCGUGUAAGAAACCAUGGGAAUGCUUGAUUGCUCAUCCAAGGCAUGCUGCAGACAAGUCACAACAAACCCGUCUCAACAACUUGACAAACAUUACUACUUGUGGUUUGCUGAUGCGUAAGUGGUUUGAUUUGCGAUCGGACUUUGAAGAAAAGCUACAUAAAACAGCAGGAGUCGUUCCUGCCACUCGGGAUGGAAGUUUCAAGCCAGAAUCCUUUGGUGGAUACUGCAAAGGACGAGGAGCAUAUAUUGCGAUGAAUGUGCCGCCAGAGAAUUUUGAUAUUUCAAAAAUGUAUGGACUGUAA